AACUAGUAUUUUUAUUAUUUAAGCUACUAGGAAAUGAAAUAAAUAUAUAUAAAAAAUUGAAACUGAAAAAUAUAUAAGAAUAAAAUAAUAUGAAAUUUAAAAAAGUGAGGUUUGAUCCAUAAAAGAAUUUAUUAGCCAUUUCAGAAAUUAAUCAUGGCUUUUUGGGCACACAGAGGCCAUUGACUAGGCUGUUGAAACAAUUUACUAGGCAAUUUAGGUUAAUGAUAGGUAAUUUUUAUAAUAGUGACAUAAAAGCAGAUUUAUUUAAUUGGGCCUUUUUACAUGCGAGAUGAGACUAUUAGUGGUUAUUUGUUUUGGCGAGUAGACCUAGGAACAACACGAAAUUUGUGCUUUAAACGAGUGUAGGCUAUUAGAGCUAACAGAAAACUGUGUGUGUGUGUGUGUGUGUGUGUGUGUGUGUGUGUGUGUGUGUGUGUGCGCGCGCGCGCGCGCGCGCGCGUGUGAGUGAAACACCUGCAUGGACUUCCUGUGGCAGACGUCAGACUUUGGCUGCUUGUUGUUCGAAACUGGGAAAGCCGCCCAGCUCUCGCCUGUCUGACCAGCUACACCUGGGGCAGCGUUUUAUCAUAAUUCAGCAACAGCCAUGCGGUAAAAAAUGAUAAAACAUCGGCAGUGUAGCUUUUCACCAAGUCAUUUAGAGUGUGUUAAGUUUGUUCCUCACUGAGUUAACAGAGAGCUCUUUGUUUUAGGUUUGCUACUUCCGGAAAAACCUACACAGGAUCCGUGACCCCUAUCCAUUACAAGAGAAGGUAUCACUUGUGCAAGUAAAAGAAAGGCAGAGAGAGAGGAACGAGGCCAGCUUGACCUCAAAAGCCAAAAUGAAGACAUGAAGAUAGCUGGGUGGACAGUGGAUCAUUGUUUCACCUUCAUCAUUUGAAUGGAUCCAGUUUGGGAUGUACAGACCAAAGACCCUUUGAAAUAAGCCGGACAAAGUUUUCACAGAGAUAAGCAGGGCUGUAGAAAACGGACACAGAUCUCUUCCUGUGCAGGAUAAAUUUGGAUGCUAAGACCCUCAGCCAUGGCCACGACAGAGCCCGGUGUUCCCAGCAGCAGUAGUGCCGCGGGCCUAACAUGGGCACGGGUAUGUAAGGAGUGCGGCCAGCAGCAUGAGGGCCAGGACAGCCACCUGUAUGAGUACCAGGAUGAAGUGGAUGAUGAGCUGGUGUGUCACAUCUGUCUGCAGCCCUUACUCAAGCCUAUGGACACUCCUUGUGGCCACACUUAUUGCUUUCAUUGUCUGAGCAGCUUCUUGAAAGAGCAGGACUUCUGCCCUGUGGACCGCCAGAGGCUGCAGUUGCACCAAUGCCGUCCCUCCAGCCUGCUGGUCAGGAACCUUCUGGACAAGCUGACUGUGCUCUGUCCUCACUAUGCAGAGUGCCAGCAGCAGAUGCAGCGCUGCGAGCUGCAGCCUCACCUGCACAACAGAUGUCCUGUUUUUAGAAAGCUGAGGGAGGAAGCAGAGAGGAGGAAGAGGCCCUCCUGGAAUGAGCUAAAGGGACGUAAGGGUGAUGGGGAGUCGCCUGGCGAUGCUAAGCAUAUGCCAACGCUGUCCCGAGUCGCUGCCAGAGAUCAGGCCGAGCCUGGCCUGAUUAAUCCUGCCUAUGAGGAGAGCGAGGAUGACAACACCCCUCUGCGGUCCAGCCUGGUGGCCGAGGCCAACGUGGUGGAGCUGUUCAGAGAGGAGCCUGAGGAGGAGCUGGGCCUGCGCAUCGUUGGGGGGAAAGACACACCGCUGGGAAACAUCGUCAUCCAGGAGAUCGUGCGGGACACUUUAGCUGCACGGGAUGGCAGACUAGCUCCGGGGGACCAUAUCUUAGAGGUGAAUGAUGUCAGCCUGGCGUCUGUCCCCCACUCGUGGGCCAUCGCUGUGCUGCGGCGGCCUUGCUCUUUGCUACGGCUCACCGUCAUGCAAGAAAAGGGCUUCAAGUGUAGGGAUCCACGGCCCGAGCAUCAGCCUCCCCUCUCCACCACUUCCACUGCCUCCCAGCCCUCUCACAGUCUCCAUGGCAAUACUACCUCCAAUCACAACCCUGGCACAGUCAUCCAGGUGACGCUAGUGAAGAGUCAGCGCACUGAACCACUGGGCAUCAAACUCAUCCGCAAAUCGGACGAGAGCGGGGUUUUUAUACUCGACCUGCUGUCUGGGGGUCUGGCAGCCAAGGAUGGCAAACUGAGGAACAAUGAUAAGGUGCUGGCGAUUAACGGGCAUGACCUGAGGCAUGGGACACCUGAGAGUGCUGCCCAGAUCAUACAGGCCAGUGAGGUGCGGGUGAACUUUGUGGUGAUGAGGCACACAGAGACUCAGGAGGACGGAGGAAGCAGCGGAGAGGGGCCGCAGGGCAGAGCCUCAAGGAGGGCCCCUGAGCCGCAGUACUUUAGGCGGCGUUCUACGUACAUGAAGGACCCUCCAGGAGGUUUUUCUAGCCAGGAAAAAACUGUGAGCCUGAAGAAGGAGCCUCGGCUUUCCCUGGGCAUCACCAUCGCCGGAGGGAGGGACUGCCGCAGCCGCCUGCCUGUCUACAUCACGAGUGUUCAGCCUGUAGGCUGUCUGCACCGAGAUGGCACCAUCAAAACAGGUGACAUUCUGCUGAGCAUAAACGGUGUGGAUCUGACCCAGCUGACCUACAACGAGGCCGUGUCCGUGCUGAAGACACAGACAGCGCAGUCCCAGGUGGUUCUGCGUGUCAUUCAGACGAUCUCCGAGGACCCAGAGGACGACAGUGAUGCUGCCAACAAGGAUGAGCUGGACGCUGUAGAGAACCCGCGAGACGACAGCCUCAACUGGUCCCCGCUGUGGACCCGCUGGCUGGGUCUGCCAAGCCACAUGCACUGGUGCCGGGACAUCGUCCUGCUAAAAACCAACAAUGAAAGCUGGGGCUUCAGUAUCGUCGGAGGCUAUGAGGAGAGCCAUGGCCAGCAGCCUUUCUUCAUCAAAACCAUUGUGCCUGGUACACCCGCUCACUUCGACGGACGCCUCAAGUGUGGUGAUGAGAUCGUGGCGGUGAACGGAGCCACAACGGUGGGAAUGAACAACUCGUCUCUCAUCCCCAUGCUCAAGCUGCAGAAGAAUAAAGUCACACUGACUGUGGUGUCCUGGCCAGGGAGCCUGGUGUGACAAAAUACACACACUCUCUCUCUCUCUCUCUCUCUCUCUCUCUCUCUCUCUAUCUCUCUCCCUCCCUCUCUCACACUGUUACACACACAAACACACCUUACGCUGCUCAACAACAUUCUUCACUACCCCAUUUACCUUCCCCUCCAAACAUAAAAUCAUAGCUAUCUGAAAUUGUUGAAAAGUCUUUUGGCCAUCAGAGUUCACUUAUGUAAAACCGAAUAUGUACGUAGACAUCAUCCUGUCUAGAUUGGGAUUGAUUUUUCAAAGGUAUAAUGUCAGUGGGGACCUGUUUGUUUCAGUGGCUUGUGUUCUUUAAGAUGGAGCUGAUUGUCCGGCUCAGUGAACAAAUUGGGUUAAAUCAGGGUGCAACACUGAUGACAAUCCAUUAGCUGAAAUCAAAGGGCAAACUGGAAGGAUCAUUAGCUUUUUAGAAUAGUGUUUUAUAUCCUGCCUUGAAAGCUUUAUGUUUUUUUUGCUUACCUGUUGAAUACUUUUGUCAUUUGGGAGUCAUGACUUUUGAUUCAGGUGAUUUGCAAAAGUGUCAUCCAAAGAUUAGAUAAUAGUGUGUACGUUUAACACAGCUACAUUUAACGUAAUCUCUUAAUGAAGAAAUGUGGAUGACUUGGUGUAAUGAGAAAACAGUGACUGUUGACAGUGUAGACAGAUGCCAAAGACGGAUAAAUCAUCUUGUCCUAUGCCUUAUUUUUACCACCACUUAAAUAGAUAUCAUGAGUGUUAUUUAUAUAGCCUAGCACUUCAAAAAACUAUAACAAAGUGCUUUUCAAAAUGGUGAAGUCAUGAUCUGAAAUGGCACUGAGUAAAAAAAAAAAAAAAAAAAGAUUCAUAUAAAAAAAAUAGUGAGGUAAAAACAUAGAAUCAAAGCAAGGUUAC